GAGUUGUCUGUCAUCGCGCUGUAGUCAGUACAUUCACCACUCUUUUUUCUUUCUAUAAAAUUUUCACAUCACAUUUAAGCUUUUCUUUGUUAAUUCAGAUUACAUAAAAUCACUUCCCAAUCAAUACCCACAAAGCUCAUCUCCUCUCCUCUCUUUAGCUUGCUUGCUUUUCUUUAUUCAUUUCCUUAAUUUCUAUAUCGCACUCCAAUUUUUCUUUUGUUUAUUGAGGAUAUUGUACUGAUUAACUUCAUGGAGGAUCGUAAGGAGAAAAAUGCACCAUGGCUAUCAGUACCACAGUUUGGGGAUUGGGAUCAAAAGGGUGAAUUGCCUGAUUACUCGAUGGACUUCACAAAAAUCAGGGAAAUGAGGAAGCAGAACAAGAGGGAUGUGUCAAGAGCAAGUCUUGGCAACGAAGAAGACUUCAUUAACCCAACAGCUACCGAUGCAAAAGCUACCCAUAAUGAUCAUAAUCAGCAGCACGACCAUUACCAUCAGAGCCAUCACCAUCCUCCUAAUACAAAGAGGAGCUUUUUCAGCUACUUCAACUGCUGUGUUAAAGCCUGAUAUCCGAGGACCGUUUUCUAUUGUCAGCUAGGUCACUUGUAAUGAUAAUGUAUCUUGGAGAACUCUAUUUCCUUAGUAACACAUUCCGUAUGCUUUCUGUUUCUUUUUCUUUUUAAUGGUUCUUUUUCAUGCACCCUUAUAAUUGGAUGAAAACUAUCAUGUAUUUUUGUACAUUGGCCUGGUUUGAAUGCAAAGAUUCUUCUCUCCAUUUUUAA